AUGGAACGCACAUCGAAUUUGACAACCAUCACCACUGAGAAGAUCAAGAAAAUAUGCGUGCAGCUUGGUUACUAUCGUAACCCUGUAUGCAAUGAAAAGCUCUAUCUUCAUCACAAGGGGUUUGAUAGCAUUGACGAGGAUGCCUUUGACGCGUACACAGACGUCAAGGUGUUGUGGCUAGAGGGCAAUGUACUCACGCGUAUCCCAUGCGGGAAGGACAGCAUGCCGCGUCGGAAACCACAAUCCCAAGCAGAGGUCAGUCUAACGAAACCGGCACCGGCCUCCUCUCUCGUGGUUGGCUGCUCCAAAAGCACGCAGCAAGAGAGUUGCAAGACCACGCACGUGGACCAUUGCACUGAUUGGACGACGGCGCCGCCGCCACACAUCAGUGCCAGCGCAGAGGCGCAGCAAGACAAUACCACCGCAGAUGUCGCGGCGGGGUCUAAGUCAUCUGCCGUCAGCACCACCACUACCACCGCCCCUCCGGAUAACAAGGACGUGUUUCAAUCACUCUACCCCACCCUUCGACAGUUGUUUCUGCACAACAAUGCGUUGCGGGAGAUGCCAGAUCUCAGCGGCUUCCAACGACUAGACACGGUCAAUCUUUCAUGCAAUUGCAUCCGCUCCGUACAGGCGAACUGUGCAGCUUUCAGCGCGAAGGUGGCCCAAUUUGAGGCGGCGCAGCAAGAAAAGUUGCAGGUACUCAUGGCAAAUUCAAAGAGCAUGCAGAAUGAACUUCGAACCCGCGAAACCCACUUGCAUAUGGCAGCUAGGCAAUCCCAGAGUGGAUGUAAGAAUGCGGGGCGGGACUUCGCUCUGUCUGCGGCAACCACAGAAGAAACAACGACGACGACUGGGGUAAAAGUAAAUGACGUGGAGGGGGAGAAAGAGGAGGCGAAGGUGGUAGUGGCAGGGGAUGGCGGUGUCGUGCGUUUUGACAUGGAUAUGUGGCGUAAGCGGCUCAGUGCCUACGCCGACUUUUGCCCGCAUGAGCCGCUGGAGGUUGUGGAAAACGGCAAACUUUCCGACGGGGUUCCGUCGGGGUGCCGCAACCCGUGUAGCUCCAUCCGCACUCUUAACCUCUCUGCCAACUACCUCACCAACGUGGACGACAUUGUGCAGCUGCUCUGCUUCAAGAACCUUGCCGUGCUGGACCUCAGCAACAAUCAACUGGAUAACGGGGAGGCGGUGCUGCUCAUAAUGGAGCGGCUGCCACGGCUUCGCUCGCUGAAGUUGUCUGGCAACCCACUUGUGCGCUCGCUGCCGCGGUACCGCAAGAUGGUGCUGGCGCGUUGCCCGGGGCUACUGCAUCUGGAUGACCGCCCCGUGUUUGCGGAUGAGCGGCGGCUUGUGACAGCGUGGGUCCGUGGCGGCGACGAGGCGGAGAACAAGGAGCGGCUGCUCAUGCGGGAAGAGACAGAGAAGCAGCACAUCCGCCGACUCGAAGAGUUCCGGGCGAUGGUCAACCGAUACCGCCCCACAGACGCCGACGGCCCCGACUUCACGCGGGUGAAUGACGGGGAGCGUGAACUCCCGCCACAAAUCGGCUUGCAGGGUCCGCCUCAGCGCGGGCUGCAUUCCCCCGCGCGCCCCAGUGACGAUGAUGUGACGAGCAGUGAGAGUGACGAAAACGUGGACCGCGAGGAGAACCCGAACCCUCGUCAGAUGCGUGCUGCCCGACAGGUGGUGGGAAGCAACAAUGUACAGAACACCAUCGCGCCCGCGCCGGGGUUGGCACAUAUUGCAAGAGCUCCAAUGAACACGCAUGAGUGGCGGGAGGAGCCGAGUUGCAACAGCCGGUCUCAGGCUGGAGGGCAGCCGCAGCUUGACCUCCACCUCAGUGACGACGAGGAGGGUGACAUUUACAUCCCACCAUCAGCAUCACAGUAA